AUGCGUUUUAUCUCUAAGCGAAGACCUCGGAUAGUGAUAUUGAUUAUUGGGUUAGCAGCUCUCAUCUCGGUAACUGCUCGAAUCAUCAUCCAAUUCCAGCUGGGACAAGAGAUUGAGCAUUACCGGACGUUCUUCAAGAACCAUAAAGAUAGUUUACAUGACAUUUACGAUCCUUUGAGCAUCAAGCAAAUUCCAUUCGAGACGAUCAAUGCACUGUAUGAGACUCGAAUGGCAGAUGGAGCAGGAAGUCAACAGAAAGCGAUCCAGUGGGACAAUUAUGCAUAUUUAUCGUACGCUACAGAGCUUGAGUACCUGUGCAAUACACUAAUACUGUUUAAACGGCUCAAGCAGUUUGGCACCAAUGCGAAAUUGGUCGCCCUGGUGUCGAGAGACCUGGUGGAAUCUGAAAACAGCGCCAAACAACAAAAUACCAGAGCUCUGAUGGAUAAAUUAACGGAGAUAGCUCCAGAACAGGUCGUUGUCAAGCUCGUUGAUAGCAUUGUCAAAUCUGGUGAUCCUACGCCGUGGAGUAAGAGUCUCACGAAACUUCACAUCUUCAAUCAGACCGAGUAUGGGCGUGUUAUUUACCUGGAUAGCGACGCCGCAGUGUCUAACAACAUGGACGAGCUUUUCUUCCUGCCUCCGUACGUGAGAUUCGCAGCUCCUUUAAUGUACUGGUCUUUGUCAGAAACGGAUUUGCAGACGGCAUGCAAAGAAGUGCGCGUCUCAGAGAAAAAAGCCGUUAAGCUCGAUAACAUCGUCAAAACUCUUAACCAGAGGGUGAGAAAGCAGCAGCCUAUCUAUAAUCAUCUACCCGGCUUGCCCAAUUCCCUAUGUUUCCAUUCUAGCAACGUCGCCAAAGAAAUACUGGACACUAGGCGGUCCAUGUCUCCUCUUCUCCAUUUUGGACGAGGAGAGGAAAGGGCCAAGAUAGAAUUCAGCUCAAACUUGAUGGUGAUAAACCCUAAUAGCCGCACAUUUGAGUCUAUUGUUCAAAAUCUGCUUCCUAAAGUAAUGAAUCAGAAGGGCCAAUUCGAUACGGACUUGAUCAAUGCAGAACUGUACAAUUUGAAGCAGGUCAUUCAUGCCCAAUUUAUGCUGUUCCGGAAACUCAAGACUGCAUUUAUUCCGGAGGUGAUGGUGCUACCCUUUGCUGAAUAUGGUCUCCUCACGGGCUCGAUUUGUAACGAAAAGCAUCAGAAACUGAUCAAAAACGAGAUUCUGGGUUACGAGGCCAUGCAAACAGCUGAAACGGAAACUUUGGAGUCACUGGUAGCCAAGUCAAAAUAUAUCCAUUACUCGGACUUCUCCAUAAGCAAGCCCUGGUUUUAUGCUGAUUUCGACCAGCUUGAAUGUCAUCCUGGCGGUGACGAUCCAAACGAGGCGGAAACAUGCAAGAUCUGGAAUUCGGUGUACCAGGGUUUUUGGCAAGCGAAACAGAUCUGUGAACUGAAGUAA